GAAAGAAGAGAGUAUAUAACUAUCCAUUUUUUAUACUCCUCGAAACCCACAACUUCCCCACUUCACUAGUUCACUCCACCCUCUACUCUGCACACCCAUUAACUCUCCUUCAUUUUCUCUCUCCUCUUGCUCCUGCUCUUUCUCUUUCUAGAAAUGGCAAAGAAGGUGACCAAUUUCUCUGAUCUGAUCCAAAGAGUAACAGCUUCUUGUUUACUCCACCCUUUAGGAAGCAACAGAUUUCAUAACCAAGUUGAUAUGACCCCAGAUCGAUUCUUACACCCCUCAAAAAACCAAUUAAAAUCAAAGCUCUCAAACCCAGAAAAUUACGACGAUGAAGAUGAACAAUGCUACAAUAAUAACAACAAUUCCUCUUCUACCGAUGAAGAAGAAGAAAGCGGGGAAAUCUUUGAAGAUGCAAGAGAAACAGAGGAAGAAUUACAGAGUAAAAGGUACAAUAAUGCUGCAAUUUGGGGAAGAGAGGAGAGAGAAAAUGAUGUUUGGAUGAUAAUGGGGCAAGUGUUUGACUCAAUUUCAUCGAUGAAAAAGGCGUAUGCCAAGUUACAAGAGGCGCAUAGUCCGUGGGACCCGGAGAAAAUGAGGGUGGCGGAUGCGGAGGUGGUGGCGGAGCUCCGGCGAAUGGGGGUGUUGAGAGAGAGGUUUAAAAGAGGCGGAGAUAAAAGGAAUGUGGUUGCGAGAGCGGCGGAGACGGUGAGUGAAGUUGUGGCGCCGUAUGAGGCGGCGAUGGCGGAGUUGAACAAAGAGGUGAAAGCAAAAGAGGUGGAGUUGGAGGAGUUGAGACAAAAGGUGAGUUGUUUGAGUGUUGUUGUGAGUAGUGGAAGUGGUAAUGGUAAAAAAAAUGGGAGGUCUAAUUUGUCUAGUAGAAAGAAAGGUGGUGGUAACUUCAUUCUACAACAUCAAGUUCCAACUUCCCCUACACCAGACAUGUUUGAAGUAACAUUGAAGCAAGUGAGAGAUUCCUCAAAAUCUUUCACGUCUUACCUUCUGUCUCUCAUGCGCUCUGCUCACUGGGACCUCUCAGCUGCUGUCCGAUCCAUUGAAGCCGCUAUCUCCACCACUGGAUCAACCGCCAUUACAAGUACCAACCCUCAUCAACAUCAAACUAAAUAUGCCCUUGAAUCCUAUGUCCUCCGCAAGAUCUUCCAAGGCUUUGAUCAUGAAACUUUCUACAUGGACGGCACCCUUUUCUCUCUUCUAAACCCUUCCCAGUUCCGGACUGAAUGCUUCUCCAAGUUUCGAGAUAUGAAAGCAAUGGACCCUUCGGAGCUGCUUGGUAUCUUGCCUAGUUCUCCGUUUGGGGUUUUUUGUAGUAAGAAGUACCAAGAUAUAGUUCAUCCCAAGAUGGAAGAAUCCCUAUUUGCCAAUUUGGACCUGAGGAACCAACUUCUGAAUGGAACCCAUCCGAGAACCCCGUUUUACACUGAGUUCCUUGGGUUAGCCAAGGCAGUUUGGUUGCUCCAUUUGCUUGCAUUUUCACUUGACCCGCCUCCAAGCCACUUUGAGGCAAGUCGAGGGGCUGAAUUUCACCCGGCUUACAUGGAGAGCGUAGUGAGGUAUCCUGGAGGAAAAGUCCCGCCAGGUCAGGUUGUCGGGUUCCCAGUAAGCCCUGGAUUUAAGUUGGGCAAUGGUUCUGUAGUCAAAGCUCGGGUUUAUCUUGUGCCCAAGAAGUGAAUAGUUGAUGGGAUUUGGGAUGUGUGUUGUAACUAUAGAUUAGUUAGCCUGUAAAAUAUGGUAGGACUGAUUCUGAAGGAAUCCUGUUUAUUUUUUUCAGCUGUAACUGAGUGGAAUUUUGGUUCAUCACUUUAUCAGAAGAAUAAGAGUUGAUUUUCUGCCA